GCCUCCAACUGGUAUUGUAUAGAUAUUCUGCUUUUCUGUUUGCCCCAGGAAUUGGAUGAAGUAAUUGAUCACUAAUGAACUACCGUGCUGGUGAGAUGGGCAAGAAAUUAUAAAGAGCUCUGAUGGGCUAUUUGGGUGAUACCCAGUGCAGUGAACUGCAGGAUUCUUGUCCCUGAGUCAUGGAAGACAGAAGAGCUGAAAAGUCAUGUGAAGAAGCAUGUGAGUCACUGAAGAGGCAGGACUAUGACAUGGCCCUCCAGCACUGCACAGAGGCCCUGCUUUCUCUUGGCCAGCACUCCAUGGCAGACGCUGCAGGGCCGUGUCCAUCAGAGACAGAGCGCAUCAAGAUCGAGAGUCUUCUCUACAGAAUUGCCUCGUUCCUGCAACUGAAAAACUACGGGCAAGCUGACGAAGAUUGUAGGCAUGUACUCGGGGAAGGACUGGCCAAGGGAGAGGGUGCCUUCCGGGCAGUGCUGUGCUGUAUGCAGCUGCAAGGGAAGCUCCAGCUGGUGUCCUCCAUCCUUGCCAAGUCACUGUCAGGAGAGUCUCUGAAUGGGAUGGUAACGAAAGAUUUGACAAGACUGAAGACUCUUCUCACAGAGACAGAGACAGCAAGUAAUGUCCUCCCUGGAUGUCAUGUGGAAGACUUAGAUGAAGGGUCUUGUAAUGGUUGGCAUUUCCGCCCGCCACCCAGGGGAAUCACAAGCAGCGAGGAAUAUACUUUGUGUAAAAGGUUUUUAGAGCAAGGAAUCUGUAGGUAUGGUGCCCAGUGUACUUCAGCACAUUCCCAGGAAGAAUUAGCAGAGUGGCAGAAAAGAUACGCCUCACGGUUAAUAAAGUUGAAGCAGCAAAAUGAGAAUAAACAGCUCUCAGGCAGCUACAUGGAAACCUUGAUAGAAAAGUGGAUGAGCUCACUGUCUCCUGAGAAAGUGCUUAGCGAAUGCAUAGAGGGAGUUCAGGUGGAGCACAACCCUGACUUGUCGGUCACCGUCAACACCAAAAAAUCCCACCAAACAUGGACCUUUGCUCUGACCUGUAAGCCUGCAAGAAUGCUGUAUCGGGUAGCAUUGCUUUAUGAUGCUCAUCGUCCUCAUUUUAGUAUCAUUGCCAUAUCUGCCGGAGAUAGUACUACCCAGGUAUCACAAGAAGUCCCCGAAAACUGUCAAGAAUGGAUAGGAGGAAAGAUGGCCCAAAAUGGAUUAGAUCAUUACGUGUAUAAAGUCGGGAUAGCAUUUAACACAGAAAUAUUUGGAACUUUUCGCCAAACCAUAGUUUUCGACUUUGGAUUGGAGCCAGUACUCAUGCAAAGAGUAAUGAUUGAUGCAGCUUCUACAGAAGAUCUUGAAUACCUGAUGCAUGCAAAACAGCAGCUGGUAACCACAGCCAAGCGCUGGGAUUCUUCUUCUAAGACUAUUGUAGAUUUUGAACCUAAUGAAACUACUGAUUUGGAGAAGAGCCUUCUGAUCAGAUACCAAAUUCCUCUUUCUGCUGACCAGCUGUUUACACAGUCUGUUUUAGACAAAUCAUUGACCAAGGCUAACUAUCAGUCACGGUUGCACGACCUGCUUUAUAUUGAGGAGAUAGCCCAGUAUAAAGAAGUUAGCAAGUUCAACCUUAAAGUGCAAUUGCAGAUUUUAGCAAGCUUCAUGCUCACUGGAGUUUCUGGGGGUGCAAAGUAUGCUCAGAAUGGACAACUUUUCGGUCGUUUUAAGCUCACUGAAACCCUUUCUGAAGAUACUUUGGCUGGACGACUGGUGAUGACCAAAGUCAAUGCUGUUUAUUUAUUGCCAGUCCCUAAAGAGAAGCUAGUACAGACCCAGGGAACCAAAGAGAAGGUUUAUGAAGCUACUAUUGAAGAAAAAACAAAAGAUUAUAUAUUUUUAAGGAUAUCCAGGGAAUGCUGUGAAGAGCUUAAUCUUCGGCCUGACUGUGACGCACAGGUUGAGCUUCAGUUUCAAUUGAAUCGAUUACCCCUCUGUGAAAUGCAUUAUGCACUAGACAGGAUUAAGGACAAUGGUGUUUUGUUUCCAGACACCAGUAUGACUCCUACCAUACCUUGGAGUCCUAACAGACAAUGGGAUGAGCAGUUGGAUCCUCGACUAAAUGCAAAACAGAAAGAAGCUGUUCUGGCCAUCACCACUCCACUCUCCAUCCAGCUGCCACCCGUUCUCAUCAUCGGACCCUAUGGGACAGGCAAAACCUUCACUCUGGCUCAGGCCGUCAAGCACAUCCUGCAGCAGCAGGAGACUAGCAGGAUUCUCAUUUGCACCCAUUCUAAUAGUGCUGCUGACCUCUACAUAAAGGAUUAUUUACAUCCAUAUGUAGAAGCAGGCAAUCCCCAGGCAAGACCUCUCAGGGUGUAUUUCCGAAAUCGCUGGGUGAAGACUGUCCACCCAGUUGUGCAUCAGUACUGUUUGAUCUCAGGCGCACAUUCCACCUUUCAGAUGCCCCAGAAGGAAGACGUUCUGAAACAUCGAGUGGUGGUGGUCACAUUGAAUACUUCCCAGUACCUCUGCCAGCUGGACCUUGACCCCGGGUUUUUUACACAUAUUCUGUUAGAUGAAGCUGCCCAGGCCAUGGAGUGUGAGACCAUUAUGCCUCUAGCCUUAGCAACUAAAAACACACGGAUUGUUUUGGCUGGUGAUCAUAUGCAGCUCAGUCCUUUUGUUUACAGCGAGUUUGCCAGGGAGAGAAACCUUCAUGUUUCCUUACUUGAUCGACUCUACGAGCAUUACCCUGCCGAGUUCCCAUGUCGGAUCCUCCUCUGUGAGAACUACCGCUCCCAUGAGGCUAUCAUCAACUAUACCUCUGAGCUUUUCUAUGAGGGUAAACUGAUGGCCAGUGGAAAGCAGCCAGCACACAAGGACUUCUACCCACUCACGUUUUUCACAGCACGAGGGGAAGAUGUACAAGAAAAAAAUAGCACCGCCUUUUAUAACAAUGCAGAGGUAUUUGAAGUGGUGGAGCGUGUGGAAGAGCUAAGAAGGAAGUGGCCGGUAGCAUGGGGGAAGUUAGACGAUGGCAGUAUUGGUGUGGUGACGCCGUAUGCUGACCAGGUGUUUCGGAUACGUGCUGAGCUCCGGAAAAAGAGGCUCUCUGAUGUGAACGUAGAAAGGGUGCUAAACGUUCAAGGAAAGCAAUUCAGAGUUCUAUUUCUUAGCACAGUGCGUACAAGGCACACUUGCAAGCAUAAGCAGACACCAAUUAAAAAGAAAGAGCAACUUUUGGAAGACUCUACUGAGGACUUGGAUUAUGGUUUUUUAUCUAACUACAAACUUCUCAAUACUGCCAUCACAAGAGCACAGUCCCUGGUUGCUGUGGUGGGAGACCCCAUUGCUCUGUGCUCUGUUGGAAGGUGUAGGAAGUUUUGGGAGCGAUUUAUUGCCCUGUGUCAUGAAAAUCAUAGCCUACAUGGGAUCACAUUUGAACAGAUCAAGGCACAGUUAGAGGCUUUAGAACUCAAGAAGACAUAUGUGUUGAAUCCACUGGCUCCUGAGUUUAUCCCCCGGGCUUUACGACUGCAGCAUUCGGGAAACAGCAGCAGACAGCAGCAGUCACCACCCAAGGGGAAAGGCCUUCAUCAUCCACAGAGUGACCAUUUCCAGAAUGAUGGCAUUGUUCAGCCUAAUCCUUCUGUACUUAUUGGCAAUCCUAUUAGAGCAUAUACUCCUCCACCCCCUCUUGGACCACACCCAAGUUUGGGAAAAUCUCCAAGCCCCGUUCAGAGAAUAGAUCCUCACACUGGGACGAGUAUUCUUUAUGUACCUGCUGUCUAUGGAGGGAAUGUGGUCAUGUCGGUGCCUUUGCCUGUACCAUGGACAGGGUACCAGGGUAGGUUUGCAGUCGAUCCUCGGAUUAUUACACACCCAGCAGCGAUGGCCUACAAUAUGAACCUGUUACAUACACAUGGACGUGGGUCACCGAUCCCUUAUGGCCUUGGACACCAUCCACCUGUCAACAUUGGGCAGCCACAGAAUCAGCACACAGAGAAGGAUCAGCAGGAGCAAAAUCGAAACAGUAAAACUGAUACAAAUAACCCCGGUCCUGAAAUUAAUAAGAUCCGAACACCAGAGAAAAGGCCUACAGAGCCCAAACAGGUUGAUUUGGAAUCAAAUCCACAGAACAGAAGUCCUGAAUCCCGUCCCAGCAUUGUUUAUUCCAAUUCCAAAUUUCCUCGAAAAGAUAAUCUCAACCCAAGACACAUAAAUCUCCCUCUUCCUGCUCCACACGCACAGUAUGCAAUCCCUAGCCGCCAUUUUCACCCUCUUCCUCAGCUACCCAGGCCACCAUUUCCCAUUCCCCAGCAGCACACCUUGUUAAACCAGCAGCAGAAUAAUUUGCCUGAACAACCAAAUCAGGUGGCACCCCAGCCAAAUCAGGUGGCACCCCAGCCAAAUCAUGUGGCACCCCAGCCAAAUCAGGUGGUCCAGCAGCAAAGCCAGGUACCUCCACAGGCCCCGCAGCCAUCGCCUCAACUCUCUCCUGCAUUUCAGGCGGGGCCCACCAAUGCACUUUUCAAUAAUGCAGUUGCUCACCGACCACAGUCUCCUGCUGCAGAGGCUGUGGUUCCCGAGCAGCAGCCAACGCCCGUGCUUCCUGACGGUCACAGUCCACUGAGAGCCAUCACACAGCCUGCUCCCAUCCUGGCUUCACCUCUGAACAACUUUGUUGAUGAGAGCUCCCCAGGAUUGCCUGUAGGAGAAGCUUUGGAUGGAGUACAUGGAGGCGUAGCUCUGGAGACAUUGAGGCAGCAGCAGGCACGGCUACAGCACUGGAGCGAGCACCGCGCCUAUCUCAGCCAGGGCAGCAUCCCAUACCCACACCAUCACCACCCUCACCUCCCGCAUCUUCCCCAGCCGGCCAUGGGCCUCCCCCAGCCGCCAGGGAGGGCAGAGUGGAAACUCGCCAGCAGAGUUGACGACGACGCAGAGACAACGUUCUCCAGGUUUCAAGACUUACUCAGAGAGCUGUCUCAUCGUGAUCAAGGUGACACUCGAGAACUAGCUGAAAUGCCACCACCUCAAUCAAGACUUUUGCAAUACAGACAAGUUCAGACUAGAAGCCCACCAGCAGUCCCGUCUCCCCCUUCCAGCACAGACCACAGUAGCCACUUUUCUAACUUUAAUGACAACAGCAGAGACAUUGAAGUAGCCAACAGCCCAGCAUUCCCACAGCGCCUCCCACCUCAGCUAUUUGGCUCCCCCUUUUCGUUGCCAUCUGAACACCUUGCCCCACCUCCCCUGAAAUACCUGGCUCCCGAUGGAGCAUGGAAUUUUGCUAACUUGCAACAGAAUCACUUAAUAGGGCCAGGCUUUCCCUAUGGCCUACCUCCAUUGCCUCCCAGGCCACCGCAGAACCCUUUUCUACACAUACAGAACCAUCAACAUGCCAUUGGUCAAGAGCCAUUUCACCCACUGUCAUCUCGCACAGUGUCUUCCUCUUCGCUCCCCAGCCUAGAAGAGUAUGAGCCCAGAGGACCUGGUCGGCCCUUGUACCAAAGAAGAAUUUCAUCUAGCUCAGCCCAGCCUUGUGUGGAAGAGGCAAGCACUCCUCAAGGCAGCCUGGCUCAGGGCAAAGAACUACAGGACCACAGCCGCCCACCUGCUUUCAGCUACCCAGCCCCUGAGUCCUGGGCCAACACCACCUCGUCUGCCCCCUACCAGAACAUUCCGUGCAAUGGACCCAGCAGGACAGCUCAGCCCAGAGAGUUGAUAGCGCCACCCAAGACUGUCAAGCCCGCUGAGGAUCAGCUGAAGCCCGACAGCUCGGAGGUGUCCAGUUCCUUCAACUACACGGUGCUGCAGCACCUCGGCCAGUUCCCACCCCUCAUGCCCAACAAGCAGAUCGCAGAGUCGGCCAACAGCAGCAGCCAGCAGAGCCCAGCAGGGAGCAAGCCUGCGAUGUCCUAUGCCAGUGCGCUGCGGGCCCCGCCCAAGCCCAGGCCACCACCCGAGCAGGCCAAAAAGGGCAGCGACCCGCUGUCCCUGUUUCAGGAGCUCAGCCUGGGCAGCAGCCCGGGCAGCAACGGCUUCUACUCCUACUUCAAGUGACCGGGCUCUUGGAGUGUUCAGUUCCUGUUUAUCAGUAGGGUUGAGGUGGCAGGCUCCUCUGUGUGCAGCCUCUGCGAAAUGUUGACCGCGCUCUCACUCAGUCCCCUUGCUGCUAGACCUGCGCCUAAGUUUAAAAGUAUAUUCCAUUAUUUUGCAUUUUUGAUGUGAGUCAGAACUUUGACAGCUUUUAUGUAGAAUAAAAAUAUUUUUAAAUUUGUGUAUUGUUACAUAUGUUUGCAUCAAGCUAGCAGCUAAGAGGUUAAUUGUGCAACUAUAAAAAAAAGAAAAAAAGUUUGUCUAAAAUGUAUUUAAAAAGGAAAAAAGUUAAGUAGCAUUUACAUUUAUUCAAUAAUAUUACCACAUGCUGGGUUUCUGUACCAGAAAUGGCCAGUUGAUGUACAAAUGUAUGUUAUUUUUGCUUAAAUUCAUUUAAAAAUUUUUUUAAAUAAAAGGGCAGCAUCUUCUAAAUACUUUAUCAGCUUUUUUUUUUUGUUUUGUUUUUUUGUUUUUGUUUUUUUGGUGACAGGAUGCUGCGUUCUAAAACUUUGAGAGUUUUAGCCUAUCUGUGACAUGCUGUUCUCUCCAUCAGCAGGGGUAGAGAUCACGGACUUCCUUGCCCGUGUAUUCUGUAUGCCACUGGGUUUUGAAAUGUGAAAAAGAAAAGAAAACAAAACAAAACAAAAAAAACACCCCAAAACCCAGUGGCAUAAUUAGUUGGUUUUUUUUGUUUUUGUUUUGUUUUGUUUUUUUUUUUUGAAAAGCAACACAUUCAGCUUAUUUUUAAUGUUAAUUUGAUAGUGUGUGUUUUUGUUUUUUUUUUUGUUUGUUUUUUGUUUUUUAAACAAAUCAUGAAGCUGAAAAAUUUUUAGGAUUGUUGGUGCUUAGUAGACUUGAUAACUAUUUUAAAACUGCGUGAGUUUAGUGGAAAAAAAAAAAAACUUCUUUCUCAUUCUGCAUGUGUAAGUGUUUGUAGCCUAGCCCCUUCUCCAGGGCAGCAAGAACUGUGCCGACUAAAAGUUUGGGUUUCUUUUCCUCCAGUGAAAAUUUUGGUACCUUAUUUGAUGUUUACAUUAAGAUAUGACAUUACACAUGGCAAUUCUAAGAUUUUUCUAGUUGUUCUGUUUGAGAAAGAUCAUUAAAGAAAAAAACAAUGUCCAAAAGUCGAUCAAAUCUGGGGCAUGUUUCAUAUCUUUUGAUUCUUCUGAAAUUCCCCCUUGAACUCAUGAAAAAUAUGAAAUUUCAACAACUGUCUACAGUAGUCUGCAGCCGGACAGUUGUUUUGAAUGAACAUUGAGAGGGAAGAAGAGGCUAUCCUUCUCUUCAGUUCUUUAAUGCGUUUGAAGUAAUGAAUGUCCUUGGUGUUCCUGAUCCAGUAGCUAUGAUUUUAUAUUUCAGAGGUAUCUUGAGACUACAAUAUAUUUUUUUCUUUUUAGAUUAAGAUGAGGCCAGGGGAUGUUUCAGAAGAGCCCAACCUUCCCAAUGAUCAUUGAAGCAUAGUUUUCUGGAAGACUGUUUUGAUAGAACAUUUAAAACUGGUUGACGGUGACAAGGGGAAGGUAGAAUUACUUCUAUCUCUAUGACUAGGGGUUAGUUUUUGGCGGCCAUCUAUGGCUUCCUGUAACCCCCAGACAAUGCAGGAUAGAAGGCUGGGUUGGUUAAGGGCUAGCCAACUCUAGGACCAAUGUUGCAGCCUCUCUUAAGUCAAUUCCACCUUUGUGCUCAGGGCUGAGCGAUGGGUACCUGACCUCCUGUCUCAGGCUGAACACCUCUUUUGGGGUUGCAGAUGUGGACCCACAAACUAGAGAGGUGUUCCUGGAUAGUACAGAUCACAGCAGGGAAGUGGAUCCAGUGAGCCAGGGCAUCCAUCACUCUCUCUGCUUGAUGUGACAUCCCCACAUAUUGCUGGGCAUGUUUAGGUUGAACAAGACAACUUUUGCCCCAGGGCUCUGUGUAUUUCUAACUCUGUGCCCAAACAAGACCCAGGACUCCCCCAUGAUGAGACUGUGUGUUCCAUCACUGAUAGCCCCCACCCUCACACAUGCAGACACACAGGACAGCAGUACAUGCUGGGCAAGUGUUGAGAGCCAUUUUGCUAAUUCAGGCAGAACUAUACCGUCCGCUUUCGGUUCCUCUCUCAUCAGCGGAUUAUUGCCUAGUUUCUGUUUCUCAUACUUGAACCUUUAAAAAAAUAACAGUUUUUAAAUUAUUUAUAUUUAGUUAAAGUGACAUGUGCUGUGUCCUAUCAUUUUAUAUAAAAAUACCGAUGGUGGGACACCUUGGAUGAGGAACCUAUCGGGUUGCAGUGACAUUCUCAAAGCGGUUAUUUCUAAGAAAUGACACUAGCUACUUACUUACUAGGUGACUGCUCUGUUGUGAGUGUCUGAGUGUUCCCAUUUCUCUUGUGUCCAUGUUUUCAUGUUCUUCAUACAGUGCUUAUUUGAACCUGGUUUCCUCCUUCCCAGCGUUACUCCUGUCUUCCUGUCCAGGCUCGAAGGAGUCUGUACUUAUGCCCAGCAUCUUGUACCAGUGUUCAGCAGAUCUUACCAGAAGGACCACUGUGAGUUCUCACUGCUGCUCUUUGCUGUUACUCGGGUAGUAUUAGCAGGGUUAGUCAGUGUCAUGAAAAUACCUUAUUUCAUUCAUUAGUUGCAAUUUUUUAGAGCUCAGAUGGAGCAUACAUACGUGUGUGUGUGUGUGUGUGUGUGUGUGUGUGUGUGUGUAUUUAUGUGUUCGUUUACAUACAUAAGCACACUUUUUUUUUUUUUUUAAGAAAACUUGAUAGCUCUGUGAACUUGAUGCUCUGUGAUGCCCUUUUGUUCUGGGCAGAUUCUGAGGCUGUUUUAUGAUUUCUUUCAUUUCUUUGUUCUUUUUUAUCAGUGGAGUUUCCUUGUCCUUGCCAAUUCUGUUGUUAGUCAUUUCACUACAACUUGAGGUAUUUCUUUUCCCUCUCUCCAUUCUUUCCUUCGUCUUUUUCCCUUUCACUCUUUUAGGUGAUAAUUUAUAGAGUAUUCAUGCUAAGUUUGGUUCCCCUUCCCCUCUUGAUCUAAGAAUGAAUUCUUGUUGAAAUUUGAACAACCUCAUUCAUUGUAUCAUGGAUAUUUUCUGGUGUGUUUUUCAAAGAAGUCAAUUCUAGCUCGGCCAUUGCUAAUCAUAAAGUCUUGUCCUUGAUCAGUCAUUAAAUAAUCAGUUUGACCAUUCAAACUAAUGACCUCAGCCUUCCUGUCUUCACACAGACAUGCUUUCUGUGUGGACCAACUUGUAUAAAGAAAACAUCUAACUAUGUGGUUAUUUUUUUCUUUUGUUUCAUUCUAAUCAAGAUUGUAGGACAAGUUCAGAUUUGGUCUAAGCAUCAACUGAUCUCUUCUGUUCAGAGAAUUGCAGGGUAAGUAAAAUCAGCAAGAAUCUUGUGGAAUAAGCAUUACCCAAUUAAACAGAGCAGCCUCUAAAGCCUAUUUAUGAACGAGGUUUCCUUGUUUCUGAAGGCAUUGCAGUCCUGGGGACGCUAGCCGUCUUUUUAACCUUGAGUUCGUAUGUUGUGUUGUGUUGCCUAGUGUAGUUGAUGGCUCUGUUUGAUAUGUUUCAUUUUGAGAGCAGAAUUGAAAACAUAAAAGAAUGUAUCUCUAGUCAGGGUGUGAAAAUUUUAGGUUAAAUCUGAGCAUUUCAACUAUUGUCAUGGAAAAAGUUGGAUUUCCUAAAAUAGUUGAUUUUUAGGAGAUGCCCAUGUGUGAAUCAUUGCAUAGUGGAGAGUUUUGCUAUUAGAAAAGUUCUAUAAAAAUACAUGAUUAAAACUUCCCAUAUAGUAAAACAUACAUUAUUUAGGCUGUUCAUCCCUUCCUGCCCACUUCUCCACUUCCUCAAAGUUAAGCUUGUCUUUUCUUAUUAAGUAGACAUUUUUCGUGCCUACCCCUCAACAUAUGAAAGCCCUGCUUCUACUGUUUCCCCGUGUGUCUUCUUGCUUCUGGGUGCAAAUGUCUUGGUAGAUCUGACUUGUCAUCUGAUCGAUAUUCAAACUGCCCAUCGAUGAGAAGAAAGUGAGUGAUGUUUUAGCUUGUGCUUCUUCAGAAUAUGACUUCGAGUGUCCCCCACAUCACGUCCCCCGGUCACCAGAGCACUUGCUACAUACAGUAGGCAUCUUCCCAUCUCCCUCUGAGACAAUGAAGCUGCCAAGUUCACACUUGCCAGUUUCAUCCCUGUUAAAUUAGCAAUCCCAAAAACCCUGGAAGGAGGGGAUUUUUACUAGGGCUUAACAUUCUAAUAAGAUACCAGAAAGUGGCAGCAUGCCAUCACCUCUAAGCUAGAAUAUCAGGUUUAACAGUUGUGUGUGUGUGUGUGUUUUUUUUUUUUUUUUUAAGUUUUAGUGUAACAUUCAGACAUUUGAACCUACUGAAAAUACCUACUUUAGAGUGAUCUUUAAAGAAACCUCAUUGUUUUAAAAAAAUGUUUUGUAAGGGAGGUUCCUAAUAGAAUCUAGACUUAGGCUUGUAAGCUGAGGUUAAGCAGCCCAUUUAUACAGUGGUAGCCUGAGGUUUUCUGAAAUGAGUUUCAAGAGAAAGCCCGUGUGUCUUGUAGUUUCAGUCAUCAGAGUGGUAGACCAGACUUUACUUGCAAUUUGUUCAACAGAGAGAUUUUAUUUUGAUACAAAUAUUAAACAUAAAGCAUAGUAAGUUUUAUAUAAUUCUAUAAGUUCAUUAAACAAUAUGAGAUUUUCAGUAUGUUUUGGGGGUCUUUUGGCUAUUUCUACCUCAUCUGAGGUCUCUUCUGUACUUUAUUUAGCAUACUAGCAUGUGUUGCCUGCCUUAGAAUGACGUAUGGGAGGGGAAAUCAAUAUUACCUUUGAAGAAAAUUUUGAUUUUUAUGGAAUAAUUGUUUUACUAUUUUAAUGUUUGAAACUGAAGGUGGAAAGGGUGGCAGAUUAUAUACAGUGAUAGCUAUUUACAAAUCUAUCAUAUUUUAAGAUUUUAGAAUUCUGAGCAAGAUCAAGCAAAAAAAGAAAAAAAAGGAAAGAAAAAAAAGUUAAUGUGAAGCUGAAGCCAGCCUCAGCUUUCUUUCCCUGGACGGGUUGUUGAAAGACAGAUCGCUGUUCCCACCCCCAGGGUGGCCACCACAGCUGUCCAGGGAGCGCACUUUGAAGACUGCUGGUCUAGAGAAAGUUGGAGGUUUUUCAUUGCUUUACUCUUGGGUCAUUUUAAUCAUUCUGACACAAAGAAGUGACCCAUUCGUGGACAAAGCUCUCUCUACCUUUGGGGUCUCUGCCGUUUCUCCUCAUUAGGGUGCAGGGGCGCUUUCAUUUCUAGGGUGAGUUUGUGGUUAGGGACGCAGCUGCCUGGCUGUCGUCUGGAAGCUGUGCAUUUGUGGGAUAUGCCUAGUCCCUCCACUUGGAGACAGGAUUGUGGAAAGAAGCCAUUGGUUGCCCCGAAGAGUGCGUUUGCACUUACUGAGGCUCUUAGUGCAGGAGUCCCUGUCCUAGAGUGGCAGUGACAUGGAGCAUCAGAAACAUUGGAUAGUCUUCAAAUAAUGGAGUCUAUAGCUUUCAAUCUUUUUCUUCUUCUUUGAUAUGCGUGUUGGGGGUGAGGGCAAAGAAUUUCCUUUCAUAUUGUAUGUUUCUCAGGUUAACAAAGUUAUUUUGGGUUCUCUGCCAUGCCAGCAGGUGUUAGGGAGAGCAUGAGUGUUGUAUGUGGCAGAAAAGAAGCAGUUGUUUCCAAUUCCCUUACUACCUUGAAGAACUCUGUAUGUUUGCAGAAGAGUUGAGGGGAACACACCACCUCCACAGCAUGAGUGACUCCUAAGUCAUAGCAGACACAGAUGAGCAAGUUAUUUUUGAGAAACUGCCUACAACAGAAUAAACCUGACAGGUCUAUGGAUAGUUUUACAUGUGUGUGUUGUGUUUAAUGUUCAGCCUGGGCUGCAGUUCUGCAGGUGUUGGGCUCUGCUUCUCAUUUUUAGUUUGGCUUUGAAUUUACUGAUACUAGCAAGAAAACCAAUCUAUGUUUAAGGUAAUAGAAUGUAGAGUGGCGUAGGCGUAGAAGUAUAAUCCACAGUGGCCAUCCUAGAAUGCACAGUUUUAGAAUUCUUAGCCCCCAGUACUUACUACAUGAAAGGCCCCAGAAGCUUUAGCUGUGCAUUGCUGGUGUGUCCAGCACAGCUAUCUCUAUGCACCCCCAGCUUCUAAGGGACUUUGGUUUAUUUGCGAUUUGCCUUGCAUGAUACCACUCUGUAUCUUUUGGGAGGUCAGAGGACUCUUUUGUCCAGGUUAAAGUUCCAAAGUGUCAGUUAUACUUGAGACUGUUUCUCAGCAACACCUUUCCCACACAUUCAUAUGAAGCGUCCUGGAUUUUCAUGUACCAGGACCACACCUGCUCCUAUAAAUCCGUGUAUAUGACAUUCUGUACGUCAAGUACUGUAUCUUGUUUCCGUGUCAGCCACCUGACCUGAUUCUCUGAAACCCAUAAAGGUACUGGUUAUAUGUACUAGUUGCAGGGGAAUAGAUGGUUCAAAUACUUUCUCUAAAUUAUAAAGCUAAUGGGGUUUGCAUUAUAGUAAAGGUCCUAAUUGUUAAUGACACAGGCUCUUUUUAAUGUUUUAAAAAAUAAAAUUCUCUAAAUGUGGUCAGCGGUGGAUAGGAACUGCCACAUAGUAGACUCAUUGUGGGUCUUGUAUGGGAAACCUUCACAAGGGAGGGCAUAUAAAACCACCCUGGUCCGUUUAUCUUACAAGCACCACUUAUUUGCAUCUAAUUAAGCAUCAUCUAUGGCAAAAGUAAUAACAAUGACUGUGUUCCUCUGCAGUUUAUCAUACCUCAUCUGGGAGGCCCUAAUACCUAAAGAGUUUAUUCUUCAAAGUAAAGAUGAUUUUGUAUCAUAAGAUAACCCCAGAGCUACCCUCCAAGGCUUUUCUUUUCUCCUUUCUUCGUCCUUCCUAACUUGGUUUUGGGGUCCCCUUAGCUCAUGCUACUUCCUUAGGACAUGUUUUGAGUCCGGGAGUCUACAGUGUGAUCAUUGUCAGUGAAGUUCUUUUGUUUUAAAAGAUUCAUGGUAACACAAAAUGUAUUUUACUGCUACAACUAAAAUGUAUUUAUAAUAAAAUGCCUUUUUAAUAAUUCA